AUGAAAUUGUGUCGCAUCACAACGCCGGCUUAUGCGUUCCGGCAAAUUGAUCAGCGGUUUGAUCCAGAGGAAUUUUCGUUCACUUCUGCAAGAAAUGCCGUUUAUGCAGUGAGGAAUGAGCGUGAAAUGGCGCCGAAUCCUUACAAUCCAAAUUUUUGUUUCACGGGCCACCAUCACCUCUAUCCGUAUCGCUUCUAUCUUGAUCUAAUCAGUAUGUUUCUCAUUUAA